AUGAUAUAUUUAAUGAUAAUGGCUUCAAGAACUAAUAUCAACCAGAACGCACAUACCAAUGGAUCAACAUCUAGGCCAUUGAUCAACGCAGUCAACACUGGGUGUAUAGAAUCGUCAAAUCCAAUGAUUGCUCCUAGACCAGAAAAUAUGUCAAUUCCAGUGUCAGAGUUUAAUGAUGUAGUCAGUCUUCUCACUACACUCAAUGACAAAAUGACAGACGUUAGUUCCGAUGUUAGUGAAUUGAAAGUACAAUGCCAGGUGGGUGCUCAAUCGACUGGCAUGCAAGCCGUUCUGGAUUCUGAUAUGGAUCCUCAGGACAUCAUAAGCAGCUCAAGACACUCAAAGAUCUCAAAUAUUAUUCGGGGGCGGUUAAAAGAUAUUAAUCUUAAGACAGAUGAUUUGGAGUUGAUCGGAGAGAAUGAUGAUAAACCAACUUGGGAUGUCAAUGUUGGUUUGUCUGACGAGUUUAACAAGAAUCUUGCAAGUGAUUUGAUGCUUUACAUUCGUCGUCAACCUGUAGCAGCCAUAGUAUCACCAAAAGAGCUAUGUGGUAUAAUUUGCUUACUGAGCUGUCAUAAUUACAGUACUUGUGGUAUUUCAGAGUGUAUUUACUGCUUAACUAGUGUCGGUGUUACAAUUAUGACAUCAAGUCAUAAAUCAGCUUUAGGACUUCCUACUAAAUUAGCUCCAUAUCGAUCUGACACAGUUUACCCAGCAAUGAUAGCUACUACGCUAUCCCAAUAUGAAUAUGUUCUUAUAUGUGAUAAAUCCAACAUCCGAGUGUCUGGAUCACCACAGUACUUACUGAAUAUGUUCUUAGAUGUAAUAAAUCCAACAACCAAGUGUCUGGAUCACCACAACAGCUAUUAUAAUCAGUUGGCUGCUAGUAAGCUUACUGAAGAAGACAGACAGACAAACACUACCUCAAACAGAAGAGGAAAUAGAAAGACUGCUCUUAAUAAAAGGAGAAAAAGAACGUACACAAAGCAUAAGGAUGCCGUCACUGAAAAGUUUAAUCGGGAUUAUAAUGGCGUUUUUUACAGAGAUGCAAUGUCUGGUGAUGAGACAGAAACCAAUACUUCUGUUGUUGCAUCUCGUCCUGAUUGGCGUAGUGAUGAGUUGAAUACCGUGUUUGACUUUCUUGAUGAGCUCGCCAGAGAUGACUUGGGAAAAAGAGCAACGCAGUUGAAGUCGCGGAGUCAUGUGUUAGUACACAAGACAAUUCCUCGUGGCUUGGUCACAAAAAUGCCUACGUGGUCAAAACGCGUAUAA